CUGUGACGUGGGUCGGCGUUGGAUAUGGGGAUCUUGGUGGUCUUUUCCAGCCUGAAUGGGUCUGUGAUUGUGUGGUUCUGUGGUUAAGGUUGGAAGAGACCAUUGAGAUCACCAAGUCCAGCCAUGAAGGCGAGGAUACGAGCACAAAUUACCAGCAAUCAGGGUGAGCAGGACGGAGCAAUCAGGGCCCAGCUGGCCAGAGGGAGCUGCCCUAGGACCAGCAUUGGUCAGCUGGGUGAUAGGACCAGGUGUGGGCCAGCCCUGCCCAGGUGCUGCUCAUUGUGCAUCAGUGCUGGUGGUUGGUGCAGCACUGGGCAGUGUGCAGUUGGCUUUUGGCAGAGCCGUGAUAACGACCUCUCCACUAUCAUCUCCAACCUGCAUCAGAGCCGCCAGCUCGUUAUGCCAGAGACCCAGAGCCGCUGUGAAUUCAAGAGGAACAGCGUGGAUGUUGGCUUGGGAGCUGCAGAUGACAUUUUAGGCAAGAGAAGAGUAUGCUCUCCCAACAGCAGCAGUGAGUGCCCGUUAGAGAGCAAGAAAGCCCGAAGUGAGUCCCCAAAGGGUAAGUGCCACCUCCCUCCGCCCCUUUCUUCUCCUUUCUUAACUUAA